CUACUGUAUCACCACAUCCAGCCAGGGACCUUGGUGUGCAAAACAGCUGAAAGCUACCCUCAGGAUGAGAGCGAGGCAGCUGGUCUGUGGAAUCUGGAGCCUGUGUUUCAUGUUCUGUCUUUUCUGCAUCUUUCUUCACCAAACAACAGCUAAAAGGAAACUGAAGUUUGUGUCCCUAGUAUUUCGCCAUGGUGAGCAUACCCCACAGGAGUUUUUUCCAACUGAUAAGCACAAAGAAAUUGCAAGACAACAGGGAUAUAGCCAACUUACCAAGCUUGGCAUACAACAACAGUAUGAGCUUGGCCAGUACAUGCGGAGGAGAUACUCUCAUUUCCUGAGUGUUGUAUACAAGCAGUGUGAGAUUUAUGUUCAAAGCACUGACUGUGAUCACACACUUAUGAGUGCUCAAGCAAGUCUUGCUGGACUGUACCCACCGACACAGGAUCAGAUUUGGAACUCCAGAAUCCUUUGGCAGCCAAUUCCAGUUCACACAGUGCCAUUGUCACAUGAUAAUUUGCUAUACCUACCUUUCUCACACUGCUCAAAAUACAAGGAGCUUCUGAGAGAAACAUUUGCAACAAGGAAUUUCCAAAGGCAAUUCAAGCACUACAAGCAAUUUCUGAAGUUUUUAGCCACUCAUACAGGAUACCCAUUGAAGAAGUUGACUACUGAAAGGAUUUGGAAGCUCUCUGACACUUUACAAUAUGAGGAUAUUAACAAUUACACUUUACCUGUUUGGGCUACUCAUGGUGUCAGGACCAAGCUGAUAAAGCUGUCAGAAUUGUUAUUGCAGGCGGAAUUUGGGUUCCACAAACAAAUACAAAAAUCACGUUUGCAGGGAGGUAUUCUUUUAAAAACUAUUCUAAAGCAUAUCUUAGAUGCUAGAAAGCCUUCGUACCAUAAAAAAAUGGUUAUGUAUUCCACGCAUGCAGCCACCAUUGCUGCCUUACAGAUGGCACUCAACGUCUUCAAUGGGAAAUUGCCUCCUCACAGCGCCUGCCAUUUUUUUGAACUUUACCAGGAAAAAAACGGGCAAUACACCAUAGAAAUGUACUACCGGAAUAAUUCCUUGAGGGAGCCUCAUCCCCUCACUCUCCCUGGCUGCAAAUUUCGCUGUCCCCUGGAGAGAUUUACUCAUCUGGUCUCUCCCAUCCUCGUACACCAUUGGACAAGAGAAUGCAGAAUGUAGGACAUCAAAAGAGAUGUUCCCUCCACUAUCUUCAGCUUGGGUCACUUUAUGAAAGAACUCAUCUCACACUGUGAUAUGACUGUGGUCCAACAUUUCUCAUUAAAUUCCAUCAGCAUGACCAACUGAGUUUCCUGAUCUCUAUCAAAAGAAAACAUUCCUUUAUACUAUAAAUAAAUAUUAUAGAAAGCAGGGACUUAUUCUUCAUGAAUAUUUGCUUUACUUUAUCACCUGGUAAAACACAAGUGCAAUAUGAAACCUGUGGGAUUUUCAAGACCAAUUCUUUUCAAAGGGACAUUGUCAGAAUUAAUUCAACUAUGUAAUUACAGUUAGAGUGUUUUGAAGGCUACAGCCUUGAUUUACAGCAAAACUGGAAAAUACCUCUGAAGGAGUGUGCCCUCUUUUGAAGAAUGAGACAAGAACUUUCAGAACUGGUGACAGAAGCAAUGCUUCAAAUGGAGACCCUAAAAGAAGGAGUCAUUCCACUGUCCUUAGACUUUAUUUGAUUUAAGAAGUAAUGAAUCAUUUUAGUCAAAGAGAUCUCAGAAGCCACAAGAAUUAGGAUAAUGCCUGCUUACUUAUCUAAGAGAUGUCUUUCUUCUUUUCUCUGCCUUUUACAUGCAUAAAUAUCCCAUCUCUACAUAGAAGGAAGAUGAGACUUAUGGAAAACUUGGACUGUGAAUCUAGACCUAAAAUGGGCCGAAAGAUAGCCAGGCUAGCUACCAUGAAGACCCAGCAAUAAAUGAUUGGCCCAAUAAGGCUUUCAGAUAUUCUUUCCAAAAAGACAGCAAGGCCAAAUGUUGAUUUUAGAAGAAAAAUAAUUUUUGGUUUAAAACAGCUUUUUAACACCUUCCUUUUGUUAUGUUACUUUGAUUGUUUAUUCUGAUCUGAUCAUAUAAAGUCUGUUCUCCUGGGAAAUCUAUAAGUAGACGCUGUUCUUGACAUGUACAACACAAUGGCAAUAAAAAAUAAAAAAUUCAGAGCUGCUAAUUAAAACAUGCAGAA